AUGCAUAAACAAAAUAGAAUGUCACGAAUAUGGUGUAUGGUGGUGCUGUUCGGUAUCGUCAAUGCACCCCUGCAGACACUUGCCCUGCAUUCAUCGUACAUGGAAACGGUCAAACAAUGGAACCUGCUUAACUACAAUUUUCCAUGGGACUAUCCUGUUGCGAACAAAGAUUUUUACAAUGCCGAAAACAUUGUAGCUACUGGUAUCGAAGUUGGUUACGAUCGCAUUUACUUAGCAACGCCACGGCUGUUCUCCGGAGUUCCAGCGACACUAUCAUCCAUCUCACGGGACAGCUAUGGCGAUUCACCAGCCCUGGAAGCUUACCCGUCAUGGAAUCAUCAUCGAGCCGGUACAAAGGAGUACAACUGCUCCGACAUUGGGCUUGUGUCGGUCUACCGUGUCCGUAUUGAUUCGUGUAAUCGACUGUGGGCACUAGAUGCUGGAGUUUCGCGAUCGCUGGAGGAUUUCGAAAUCACUUGCCCUCCAAAAAUACUCAUAUACGAUCUCUACACCAACCAAGUGGUACGAAGGAUUGAUUUUCCCACAGAAGUUAUCCGGGGUGAAUCGCUUUUCACCAACAUUAUCGUGGAUGAGACAACAUCUAGGAAGGAAAAUCAUUGUGAUGAUGUAUUUGUUUACAUUACCGAUACGGUAGCACCGGGCAUUGUUGUGUACGACAGUGAAAAAGAUCUUACAUGGCGGCUAUCGCAUCCGGCAAUGUAUCCAGAUCCUGAUUUCGCCGAGUCGAGAAUUCUCGAGCAUAGUUUCACAUUGAUGGAUGGUGUGGUUGGAUUAGCGUUCGACCCGGAAGCAGCCAUUUUAUACUUUCAGCCACUUGCGACGGAUCGUUUAUUCUCGGUCAGCACUGCCGCUUUGCGUUUUGGGCCGUUAGAAUUCGGCAAAGAUCUCCCUGUAAAACUGGUAGGCCGCAAAUCGUCCCAAGGAAUUGGCCUCGCGGCAUCUCCACGCGGGGGAACUAUUUUUUACUCCCCACUUUCAGAAACUGCCGUGGCUUCAUGGAAUCCACGCACAAACGAACACAGUCUUCUGGCUCAAGAUAAGGAAAGAAUUCAGUUUGCUGCCGAUUUACGUACGCCUGAUCGUGAUGAAACCGCACUCUACAUUCUGACGUCCAAAUUUCAUCGUUUCUACUUGAAAAAUCUCAACGCUGAUGAAGUUAACACUCGCAUUUUGCGUAUCGAUGGUGUUGUGAAGCGCAAUGUACCUCUACAACAAAACACACUCUUCUCCAAUCAGCAUAGAUUUGCACCAACCCGACCGAGCUAUGAACAUGUGUCCAGCAACAGUUUUUACAAUUUUCCAGCGUCUUCUUCAAGUCAAUUUGACAAAUCUCUACCAGUUAGAACUGCCCCACCGUCAAACGGCGUAAAAUCGUACUCUUCUUUCGUACAAAACUUUUAUGGCAAACCACCACAUCCGUACAACUAUGAACCGGUAGCAAUAAUUGACAAGACAAAGCCAAUCAAUCCAUUUUUCGUAUUGAACAGUGGUGAAAAAACUUUCCCACCUCCCCAUGUACCGAGACCGCAGUUUGGACUUAACGGUGAGAUAUUCAUUCAGAAGGUUAACUCUCAAUUUAAUGACUUUAAUGGGCUACGAUUUCCAAAGAGCUUGAACUUUAACGAAACCACGCUGCCGCAUUAA